GGUUAAUUGCCAGUCGCAUUUAUCAUUUCUAAGAAAAAGCUUAUCCUGGAAGAAGGGGUUGCGUCACCAUGGGAUUCCAGUGUGUUCCGGAGGGUGGGCUUAGGAGUAUGCAUUGAGAGUUUCAUACCUUCGAGAUCUGCCGCAGCACAACACAUUUUCUCCAAAAGCAUACUUGUGCUGGUCAGCAUUUACUCAUACCAUGUCCUCUGCUUCCACAAGAAUAUUCUGCUUUGCCCAGAACUCUUGGCCUCUUUGGUUAGCCACAACACCGCUGGCAGCCUCUAGGAACUUACCAUCACUCAUUCGUCCACUGCACAAACUGAACUCCAGUUCUCGCAGCCUAACGACUACCCACGCUUUGAGGUCUGAAGAGAGAGUACCUGUUACAUUUGUAAGUCAGGAUGGAGAAAGGGUCAAAGUCAAAGGUUGUGUAGGAGACACACUGCUGAAAGUUGUUAUUGAUCAAAAACUGGACAUUAAUGGUUUUGGUGCAUGCGAGGGAACACUGGCCUGCUCCACGUGUCACCUCGUCCUGGAUGACUCCACCUACAAGCAGCUGGGCAUCGUCACAGACGAGGAGAUGGACCUACUGGACCUGGCCUAUGGACUCACAGACACGUCUCGUCUGGGUUGCCAGGUCUGCCUGACUAAGGAGCUGAAUGGAAUGACUGUGCGCGUGCCAGAUGGUGUGAAUGAUAUCCGACAGACGGAUGGUGCCGGCUCCUCCUGAAACUGCCUGACCCAUGACCUCUGGGAUUAUAUGAUAUCUCAGCACCUUCAUUAUAAGAGCAUCCCAGUUAAAUGCAGCUGUUGUUUCAUGAUUAGAUGAUGACAGGCAUGACACAACACUAGUCCAUGUUAAUAAAGCCAUGUAACCUCUGCUUUUCAUAAAUAUAUUAAUAUUGAAUCAAAA